ACCAAAAGAUGCCAACUUCUUCCACAUUUUCUCCCGGAGAUGUUGUCAUCUCAGCUGUUAGCCUCCUUGUUUUCGCUUUGUUAGAUCUCCUGGACUUCAUUCUCUGCUACUUCUAUAGGUUUCUUGAUGUUAUUCUUGAGGGGAACCCAGUCCCAUGCUACUGCCAAAGGAGAGGAAGAGAGGAGAGGUCUGAUGGAGAGGGAGGAGAAGAGGUGUCAGAGACUUUGCAUGGGAGAAGAAACCUUUUCAGAGAAAUGGGCUUUCCAUUUUGGAAAGCAGCAUCAGAUGGAGAGGAAGAAAGGGGUGAGCUAAGGUUUCCCAGGUGGUCUGACUGCAGCUGUAUCUCAUGCUUGUCUUGGCAAGAGAGGGGGCAAGACAAGCUUCACUUGGCUGUGAUGGAACCAUCAUCUCAAGGUAGAAAGAAAGAGUGCGAUACGGAUUCAACUGAAAGUGUAGUUUUUCUACAUGGAUUUCUUUCUUCCUCCUCGCUUUGGGUGGAGACAGUCUUCCAUAAUCUUUCUGAGGUGACCAAACAAAGCUUCAGGAUGGUUGCAGUGGAUCUCUUGGGUUUUGGCAGAAGUCCAAAGCCAACAAACUGCACGUAUACAGUGCGAGAACACCUCGACAUGAUUGAGGCAUCUGUGGUCAGGCCACUGGAGCUGAAUUCCUACCACAUAGUUGCUCACUCCAUGGGCUGCAUCAUUGCAUUGGCCAUGGCAGCCAAGCAUCCUGAGUCUGUUAAAUCCCUCACAUUGGUUGCGCCACCAUGCUUUGACUCGACAGAAGAGGAAGCAAGUCACACCGCACUGAACAAAUUAGCUGAAAGGAGAGUGUGGCCACCAUUACUGUUUGGCUCUGCAGUCAUGUCAUGGUAUGAGCACAUCGGCAGAACUGUUUGCUUCAUCUUCUGCAGAAACCAUUCGACAUGGGAAUGGACGAUGAAGCUAGUGACAAGGAGAAGGGCUCUCAGCUUCCUGUUCAUGGAUUUAAGCAAGCAUACCCAUCAUUCGGCAUGGCACACAAUGCACAAUGUGUUAUGUGGGGGUGCCAAAUUGGUGGACAAGCACUUGGAAGCUGUGAGAAAGGCUAAAAUGCCAGUGACAGUGAUCCAUGGAGACAAGGAUCAAUUGGUGCCGAUGGAGUGCAGCUACAACCUGAAAUCCAAACUCCCCCAUGCAGACCUCAAAGUUAUGAAUGGCAGAGAUCAUUCUUCUGUGAUCUUGGGCAGGGAAAAGAUGUUUACAUGCGAACUGGAACAGAUUUGGUCCACUUCUACCAAUUGCACUCACAUACCACACUCAUAAAUGAUUAUAUAUAUAUCUUAGAAUUAUAUAUGCAUAUAAUUCAUAGGCCAUAAUAUUAAGACUA